AAUGGCGAGGUGUGAACAUGGUAUAACUCAGAAUGGCGUGGUGCAGGCAAGAGACAUCUGAAAAUCUUAUCCGGGAGUUUCUGAGGUCUGGGUCCACUGUCAGAAACAAGAUGAUGAAAAACUGGGGAGUCAUCGGCGGGAUUGCGGCGGCCAUGGCAGCCGGUGUUUAUGUUUUAUGGGGACCAAUAACAGAUGGCAAGAGGAGGAAGAGGGGUAUGGUGCCUGGCUUGCUGAACCUGGGAAACACCUGCUUCCUGAACUCACUGCUCCAGGGCUUGGCAGCCUGCCCCUCCUUCAUCAAAUGGCUGGAGAAGAGUACGCACCGGAGAGGAGGAUCGGAGGGAGAGCCGGCGAAGGACCACCAGCUGUCCAGCACCCUCCUGGAACUCCUCACAGCUCUGUCGAGCGACGGCCCCGCGGAGGAGGACCUGCUGGACGCCGGCUGCCUCCUGGAUGUUCUCAGGCUGUACCGCUGGCACAUCGCCUCCUUCGAGGAGCAGGACGCCCACGAACUCUUCCACGUGCUCACGUCCUCCCUGGAGGAGGAGCGAGACCGACAACCUAAAGUAGCCCCCCUCUUCGACAUGCAGUCCCUUGAGAGCGUGCCAGAUGUGGAACAGACUCUGCACUGUAGAAGUCGAGGUCCUCUACACCCUAUACCGAACCCUUGGAAAUCUCAGCUUCCCUUCCAUGGCCGGCUUACCAGCAACAUGGCAUGCAAGCGCUGUGAACAGCAGAGUCCAGUGAGAUAUGACUCGUUUGAUAGUCUCUCUCUAUCGAUUCCUUCGCCUCAGUGGGGAAGGCCCGUUUCCCUGGAUCACUGUCUCCAGCACUUUAUCUCCUCAGAGACCAUUAAAGAGGUGGAGUGUGAAAACUGCACUAAGCUUCAGCAUGGGGCCUCAGGGAACAGGCAAGUUCUGGUUAGCCAGAGGACCACGUUCAUCAAACAGCUCAAACUGGGAAAGCUUCCCCAGUGUCUCUGCAUCCACCUGCAGAGACUCACCUGGUCGAACGAAGGGACGCCCAUCAAGAGACAGGAGCACGUGCAGUUUACAGAGUACCUGUCCAUGGACCGCUACAAACACCGCUCCAGCAUGCCGAGGCAGCAGCCCAGCCACAGUUACCCCAGGACCAGCCAGGCAGAAGACUCGGGGAAGGCCGUGGAGAAGGACCUCACUGCUGGUGCGGAGCACCUCAACAACAACAAGCCCCUGUCCAAUGGAACUUCCUUCCUUCGCUCACCUGGUCUGAACCCACAACUCAACUUUACCUACGACUACAGUGGCAUACCACACCCUUACCUCCCCAGCGCUUCGGAGUACCUGUUCCAGCUGAUGGCUGUGCUGGUCCACCAUGGUGACAUGCACUCGGGACACUUUGUCACGUACCGCCGCUGCCCACCCCCGGCCUGCCGCUGCCCCCCCACAGCCCGCUGCCCCCCCACAGCCCGCUGCCCCUCCCCCGUCAGCUCCCAGUGGCUCUGGGUGUCAGAUGACUCGGUCCGCAAGGCCAGCCUGCAGGAGGCACUGUCCUCCAACGCCUACCUCCUCUUUUAUGAGCGCGUGCGGCUUCUCGGCCCAGUCAGGCGGUCGGAGGAGUAGGCCCCAAAACCUGGACAUUCUCUUACUCAUACUACCCCAGAUUGGUCACUUUCUUACCCAUACCACCAAAGCCAUGUGUGCCACAGAACACGGUUCCC